AUGAUUCAUAAUACCACUGAAGCUGAAUCAUUGUCGGCGUUGGAGCAUAUACGUCAGCAGCAGUCGAUGGAGAUUGGAAGGCUCCAACAACUUCAGCAGCAGCAGCAACUUCAGAUGGAGCAACAGCAGCUUCAGAUUCAAGAUCAACAGGUGGAGCUUCAGCGACGUCAGGAGCGUCAACAGUCGCUGGAAGCUCAAGUAAGACGCUUCAGAAUGCUGCAGGACCACGAUGCUGAAGUGUUCGUGGAGCAAAGCCAGGCAAUAGAUUACUGGCAGCUCCAAUUCCACCAACUGGAGCGAAACAGUCGAGUGCUGCUGACUCAGUUAAAUAGGGAAGCGUAUGACGUCGAAAUGGAAGCUGAAUUCGACUGA